CGCAGAGAUAGCAAAGGUUAGCGUGAGCCUGGGGGCAGGGAGAGGCUGAGCACCUGCCCGGUGUCUCCAGAGGGGCCCUCGGUCCGCCCUCCAGGCAUGGACCCCCCUGAGGAGUGCACCAGGUGCCCUGCCCGCGGGAGGUGCCCCGUGUACCUGGCGGUGAGCUCAGGGACUGUUCGCUAUGCCCCAUCAGGUCUGGGCCCUGCGCUCGAGGGGAACGUGGGAGAGGAGCCCCGGGACACAGACAGCCAGCCCCACCCGGACGAGGGCCACCCCCCGCCCCUCGAAGCUGUCCCGGUCUCCUGGAAGAGCGCGGGCUCCUGCCAGAGCCGCAGGGAGUCCCCGGGAGCCCUGGCAGAGACCUCUGCAGGGGAGGGCACCCAAGGCGAGGAGGGCCCUGCCGCCGCCCAGCUGGACGUGUCUCGCCUGCGCAGCUCGUCCAUGGAGAUCCGCGAGAAGGGCACAGAGUUCCUGAAGGAGGAGCUGCACAAAGCCCAGAAGGAGCUAAAGCUGAAGGAUGAGGAGUGUGAGCGGCUGUCCAAGGUGCGGGAGCAGCUGGAGCGGGAGCUGGAGGAGCUGACGGGGGCGCCAGGGGUGGGCACACCGAGGCCCACAGCGGGGGCCGCAAUUCCACCACUGAAAUUCCCGGUGCCACAGGGACAUUCUGGAGCCUUCCAGGGGCGGGAGGAUCCACGGUCAUUGUCACCCCCUCGCCUCUCCCCCCAAAACACACACACACACACACACACGCACACACACGCACAUGCACGCACACACUCUCAGCAAAGCGGGGCCUCCGUCUGGCUGUGUGAGCCUGGGCAAGUAGCUUCCUGUCUCGGGGCCCAUCUGUGUGUCUGUGAAAUGGGAAGCUGGGCUGUCCUGGUGCGUGGGUGCCCCUCCAUGGGAGGCCAGCUCCCUGACGGGCCCCUCACAGAGGCCGCUUACAGUGUGGGCACCUGGUGGGGUUGGGUGCUGCGUGCUGCCAUCCUGGCUGGCCUGGCGGGUGGUGGGGGCAUCACCCUGGGCUACAGUCGGCAGCCUUCUCGUUCUGGCCAGAUCGACAUGCUGCAGGCGGAGGUGACAGCCUUGAAGACACUGGUCAUCACGUCCACGCCCGCCUCUCCCAACCGUGAGCUGCACCCUCAGCUGCUGAGCCCCACCAAGGCCGGGCCCCGCAAGGGCCACUUGCGCCAUAAGAGCACCAGCAGCGCCCUCUGCCCCAUCGCGUGCCCUGCUGCAGGCCACAUCCUCACCCCGGACAAGGAAGGCAAAGAGCCCGGGCUGCCCCCCCUCCUGUCCCUGCUCCUCUGUGUGGUCCCCAGUAAGGCGGUUCACCUCACCUACGAGCCGGCCUGGCAGCUCCCGCCUGGGGAGCGGCCCGCAGCCCCCACCUCCGCUACCUCUCUCUCCUGUUCCCGACAGGUAGACACCACCCUGUUUGCGGAGUUCCGGGCCUGGAGGGAGUCGCCCACCCUGGACAAGAACAGCCCCUUCCUGGGAAGGGUGUACCGCGAGGACGUGGGGCCCUGCCUGGACUUCACGGUGCAGGAGCUUUCGGCACUGGUGCGGGCUGCCGUGGAGGACAACACGCUCACCAUCGAGCCCGUGGCUUCGCACACCCCGCCCACGGUGAAGACGGCCGCAGCCGAAUACGGCGGCACCAACACGUGUGCCCUGAGCGGGUUGGCCCGUGCCUGUCGCCACCGAAUCCGGCUCGGGGACUCGGACAGUCACUACUACAUCUCGCCAUCGUCCCGGGCCAGGAUCACUGCUGUGUGCAACUUCUUCACCUACAUCCGCUACAUCCAGCAAGGCCUGGUGCGGCAGGACGCAGAGUCCAUGUUCUGGGAGGUCACGAGGCUGCGGAAGGAGAUGUCGCUGGCCAAGCUGGGCUUCUUCCCCCAGGAGGCCUAGCCUGGCCCAGGACCGACGGGCGGACAGGAAGAUGGUGCGGGACCAGCCCUGAGCCAGAAGCUGCACAGACGGACAGAUGGCUGGGCGAGGAGGCGUGCUGAGCCGGUCCCACGCGCCAUCCCAGGAAGACAGGACCUCGCGGGAUGACCCUUCUCCCUUCCCAGCGGCACAGCCUCCACGAGGCUGGAAGGCACCACAGACCGAGGACCCGGACCCGCACUCGGGGGCUCAGCUUUCGCGAGGGGACCCUGGGGCGGCCGGCCCGCUCCGCCCCAGGUCCGGGAGCUGCUGCCUGCAGGUGCCUGCGGCUGCUGGGCAGCCUGGUCUGGUAUUGCCCACCCAGCUCCCAAGCCCUGCACACCAGCACCCCCUUGUGGCCAUCCCUCGCCCCAUCCCAGUGGGCCUGCCAUCCUAAGUGCCCACAGGGCAGUGGUGCUAGGAGGGGCUGCCAGGGGCUUCCAUGCCAGCUGGCACCUGCUUGAGAACUGCCUCCAAGUCCCUCCCUCCGAUGGACAAGGCCCCUCCCAUUUGACCUGCCCCGGCCCCUCUGCGCCCUGUGCUCCGGGAGGCACUGCCCCCACCGCCGCUGGAAGGACCGGGCACUUUCCCCCAGAGCAAAGCACAGCCAAGGCCUCAAGGCGCCGAGCCUGCCUUCAGCUGAGGGUGGCCCUUCAGACAGCACGGACCGAGGUCACCACGCCCUGCCCACGGGACGGGGGUGGGACAGGCAGGCCCCAGGACCCCGCACCCUUCACAGCCCAUUCAGGACCUGGCUACUCCCUGGACACAUCCCUCACCACGUCCAGUUUCCACCUCUGAAUGGAAUGCAGCGCAUCUCUAUUUAAUAAAGGAAGCCUUUGUUGGUAGAGGCAGGGCAGCCAGGCGCCUCCGCUCCUGUGCCCCGGGGCUCGGGCCAAGGCUCGGGCAUCUACAGGCACGAAA